UCAUUAUCAAAUGUCCAUGGCCCGUGACUUCAAUCAUUAUUAUCUACAAGGUAUCAGUUAGUUUAUGGCCAACGUAUUAGCAGAAAUAACGUGUAAAUAGAUAAUGAAGACGAUCAUCCUUUUCACCGUGUUGGCGGUCGCACGGGCCGACAAGCGUUGCCGGGGUAUAAAUUUGGGUGAUAGAUACUACAAUUUGGACAUACUCAAAGAUGGCAUUAACCAUCUACACGAUCUGGCUAUCAAAAACCAAGACAGCGCCCUCUAUUUCACAUUCGAAGACCUAACCAACGUACCAGCCAGGUUUUUAGGAUGUUUCGAUAUGAAUUCUCAUAAUGCCACAGUCAUAGAUGGCAUUAGAAACGCGACAGCAAUCGCCAUAGAUCCAAAAACUGGUAAAACUUUCGUCGGUGGUGCAGAUGGUUUAUUCAAGAUUAACGAAAGAAGAAUUCCGGAAAGACUACCUAUAGUUGACGACAUACAGUACAUGCAUUUUAAGGAUGAUUUGUAUUUUACGAACAAAAGAAAGGAAGCAUACAAGUUUGUUGACGGUAAAGCUAUAUUAUUAAAUGAAUUACGAGGCCUAGAAGUCGAAAGGCUAAUAGUAGAUAACGACAACAAUAUAUUUUAUACUAACAACAAGGAGUUGUUCAGGAUAAAGUUAGGAACAAGAGCUGUAAACACACAUGAAGAACAUAAGGCGGACUGCUUAGCUACCGACCUCUAUUAUAAGCCGUAUAUUUGCACUAAAAACGGUCUUUACUCAUAUAACAAGUACAAAUAUGUAUUUGAUAAGGAAUCUGAUAAUUUGAAGAACUUAAAAGCGAUAACUUUUAAUAGAGUAAACGAACCGAUCUAUGCGGUCUAUGAUUUGCUUAUUAAGUUGUCACUUAGUGAAAUCCCAUGUUUUGAAGAUUGAGGUGCCAUAUUUUAAGUAAA